UUUAUGUUACUAUCUCUGGCAACUAAACAGAAAUCUUGUGAAAUAUUUGUCUGGAGCUGAUAAAUCGUAUCAGCCAGUCGGAGUAUGUAGGUCUAGCUUAACGAUUCAGUCUUUCGGCUGAAUGCCUACGAGUAUGUUGGUUCUGAGAUCGAUACUUCUGGUGGUGGCCCUGCUGUCUGUUCUCUUGGAAGGAGCGCGUAUCCUCGGGGUGUUUCCCAUACCCAGCCACUCGCAUUACUAUCACGCCCUACCUUAUAUAAAGAAAUUGGCAUCUUUGGGCCAUGAGAUUACUUCUGUAAGCCCAUUUCCAUUGAAAGAACCUGUCGCUAAUAUACAUGAUAUUCCAGUUCCGGAAUUAUUUGAAAAUAUAGAGGAAAUUGUUGGAAAUUUAAAGAACCGGAAGGGCACAUGGAAUGAAUUUGAAUAUCAGUUUGAUCUGAUCAUUGUGGAUCUUUGGCGGCUUGAUGAUCUAUAUGGCUUGGCGGCCUAUUUUGAUGCCCCCAUCAUUGGAAUUGCAUCCUAUGGAACCGACUGGAAGAUUGACGAACUAGUGGGCAAUGUAUCACCAUUAGCAUACCUGCAGUCUCCGUCUUUCAACUGGUUUGAUCUUGACACCUAUGGAGGACGCUUGGGGCACUUUGUGGAUCAGUCUCUGGCUUGGAUUAACUGGCAUUGGUGGCACGAGGAAAUGCAUGAGGCGCUCUAGAGAAAGUAUUUCCCAAAAGUUGCCGAUAAACGUUCUCUGUACGAGAUCACCCGAAAUUUCGCCUUGAUUUUGGUUAACCAACACUUUACGAUGGCUCCACCACGACCAUAUGCUCCCAAUGUUAUUGAAGUCGGUGGUAUGCAUAUUGAUCAACAACGAAAAGCUUUACCCCAGGAAUUUGAGGAUUUUAUCCACGGGGCUGGUGAACAUGGAGUAAUUUACUUUUCGCUCGGCACCAAUGUUAGGAGUAAAAAUUUGUCUGCAGAUCGCAGAAGAAUAUUGAUUGACACAUUUGCCAGCCUGCCACAGCGCAUCUUGUGGAAAUUCGAUGCUAAGGAGUUGUCAGAUGUACCCUCGAAUGUUCUAAUUAGCCCAUGGUUUCCGCAGCAGGACAUCCUUGCUCAUCCAAACGUAAAGCUGUUUAUUACUCACGGAGGCUUACAGAGCACAGUCGAAUGUAUCCAUCAUGGUGUAACGAUGCUGGGAUUACCAUUCUUCUACGAUCAGUUCAGAAAUAUGGAACACAUCAAAGCUCAGGGUAUAGGUUUAGUUUUAAACUAUCAGGAUAUGACAAGCGAUGAGUUUAAGGACACCAUUUAUCGGUUGCUGACAGAAAAGAGUUUUGGUGUCACGGCAAGAAGAACAGCGGACAGGUAUCGGGAUCAACCAAUGAAUCCUUUGGAUACGGCGAUCUGGUGGACUCACUACGUCCUACGAGACAAGGGAGCACCUCAUAUGCGGGUAGCGGGCAGAAAUACGGAUUUUAUAACUUACCACAGCUUGGAUGUCUUGGGAACUUUUCUCCUGGCCUUUUUGGCAAUCCUGAGCAUUGUUGUCCUUUGUGUAAUUAAACUGUUGAGGGCCAUCCUAAAGAGUAAAAAGGAUAAUAGAGCACCCAAGCAGAAAGUAAAUUAACUUACCAAUAUAUCAAUAGAGAAUACAUAUCUGUGUACAUUCGAUUUAUGACAUAUAGAUUAGGAAGAUGUAAGCAUGUUGAGUUAAUGCUAAAAUAUAUUAUACUUCCUUACACUCUUAU